AUGGCAAAGUGGCUCGCACUCACUUGUGCGAUUGUCGCGACUGCUUCGCUGACACAGGCGACAUUUGGCGGGAAGGAACAUGUUCAUAUCAGGAUUCACCUGCCUGAGCCCCACCACAAGCAUCACCACGAGGAAGUCAUAGUGAAGCACCACCAUGAGCUGGAGCAUCACGACCACGGGCACGAUCACGGCCACGGGGGCGGACAUGGUGGCGGACAUGGUGGCGGAGGAUUUGCUGAGGGAUUAAUCGGAGGCUUCCUGAGUGGACAUGGCGGCGGAGGAGGAGGUCACGGGCAUGGCGGAGGUGGUCAUGGUCAUGGUGGAGGAGGUGGACAUGGUCAUGGACAUGGCGGCGGCGGAGGAGGAGGACACACUCACGUUGAACACUACGAAAUCCAUGCGGAAGAUCUUGCAGGAUUCGGCGGAGGAUUUGGUGGUGGACAUGGCGGCGGUCAUGGCGGCGGUCAUGGUGGCGGACACGGUGGUGGACACGGGGGAGGACACGGCGGUGGACAUGGCGGUGGACAUGGAGGAUAUGGCGGCGGAAGUGCUCACGUUGAACAAAUCGCUCUGAUUGAAGACCACAGUCAUGGAGGUGGAUUCGGCGGAGGUUUCGGUGGAGGAUUCGGCGGAGGAUUCGGCGGAGGAUUUGGUGGCGGACAUGGCGGUGGACAUGGCGGUGGACAUGGCGGUGGACACGGCGGUGGACAUGGAGGAUAUGGCGGCGGAAAUCAUGGUCACGGAGGCGGAUUCGGUGGUGGAUUCGGCGGAGGAUUCAGUUCUGGCGGCCAUGGCGGUGGUGGAGGAUUCAGUUCCGGAGGCCAUGACAGUUACAGCUCUGGCGGCCAUGACAGUUAUAGCUCUGGAGGCCAUGACAGCUUCAGUUCAGGCGGAGGCAGCGGUGGCUGGAUUGGCGGCGGCGGUCUGAGCGGAGGUUACUCGGGCGGUGGCGGAUUCAGCUCCGGAGGCCAUGGUGGCGGAGGAUUCAGUUCCGGCGGCCAUGACAGUUACAGCUCUGGCGGCCAUGGUGGCGGCGGUGGAUUCAGUUCCGGCGGCCAUGACAGUUACAGCUCCGGAGGCCAUGACAGUUACAGUGGCAUCGACAGCUACAGCGCUGGACACGUGUCUGGCAUUGGCCACUCGAGCGGCGGAUCCAGCUUCGGCCACUCAAGCGGCGGAUCCAGCUUCGGCCACUCUAGCCUGGGCCAUUCAGGCGGAGGCGGCGGUGGCGAUGGCGGAUACCAUUAUCCUAAGCCACACUAA